GGUAAGCAGCGUGUUUAAACAAAUCUGACCUUUGACCAGUCACAUGACUCUGGUGGAGUUUAAACAGCAUUUCAUUUUUUGUUCCUUUCACAAAAGGGAAACAUGAAGUUUGUGGAGCUCUUUGGCCGUGUAAAAUCUGUAGUUAUUGGAAUGAUUCACGUUAAAGCUUUACCAGGUACACCUUUAGGUUGUAUGAAAAUGUCACAUAUCAUUGAAGAAGCAUGCACAGAGGCUGAAAUGUACCGUGACGCCGGGAUCGACGGUGUGAUUGUGGAGAACAUGCAUGAUGUGCCUUACUUGCCAUGUGUGGGCCCUGAGGUGUGCGCCUGUAUGACGACGGUGUGCACAGCGGUGAAGCACCUGUGUCCUUCGCUGCCUGUCGGAGUGCAGAUUCUGUCGUCUGCAAACCAGCCGGCCCUGGCUGUAGCUCUGGCUUCAGGUCUGGAUUUCAUCAGAGCUGAGGGUUUUGUCUUUUCUCAUGUGGGUGAUGAGGGCCUUUUCAAUGCCUGUGCUGGUGACUUACUGAGGUACCGCAAGAAGAUCAGCGCUGAGCAUGUUCAGAUCUUCACUGACAUUAAAAAGAAGCACAGCUCUCACGCCCUGACGUCAGAUGUGAGCAUUGUGGAAACGGCAUGUGCUGCUGAGUUCUUCCUCUCUGAUGGAGUCAUCAUCACAGGACCAGUCACUGGAGUGCAAGCUGACCCACAGGAGCUCAAAGAUGUUUCUCAGGCGGUGAGAAUCCCAGUGUUGAUUGGUUCCGGAGUGACCUUUGACAACGUGGACUGUUACCUUGAUGCAAACGGUCUGAUUGUUGGUUCUCAUUUUAAGAAGGGUGGCCACUGGUCCAACGGAAUGGAGCCCGAGCGGGUGAAGAGGUUUAUGGAGAAGAUACACCAACUGAGAAAAUAAUUCUGGUGACUAAUCAGACAAAACAAUUUACAACAACAGAGUUCUGUAUCAUACUGUGACAGUACUGACAAUUAAAAAGGUC